UUGGAGUUUUAGUAGGUAGAGGUAGCUAUACUAGCUACUAGGUGCUCGUACCUAGUCGAACACUCGAACGUUUUAAUUCUAACUAUAUAAUCAAUUUCAAUGUAUGUAUAUAGAAUUGUAUUCUUAUCUAAGCAUGAAAUUGGGCAUUGCCACUACUGUCAUAAAAGUAAUUCAUCAGCGCUCCGUUGAAAUUCUAUACGAGACGAGUGAUGUAAAAUAUGACUAAUACAAAUCUCAAUUAUAAAGUGGUUAGUUAACUUGAAGGAUUAUGAGGCUUACUUACGAUGAAUAUCCAGACGGUAUCCUACAAAAAACAAGAAAAGGCAUAUCAUCUGCAUGGCCUCCGACUUCUUCUACCCAAAUACAGGCGGGGUAGAAGAGCAUAUCUACAAUUUGUCACAAUGUUUGAUCAAACAUGGUCACAAAGUCAUUGUAAUUACUCACAGCUACGGUGACCGUAUCGGCGUUAGAUAUUUAACUGCGGGUCUCAAAGUUUAUUACUUACCUAUACGUGUAUUUUACUCACAAUGUGCUCUUCCAACUAUGAUUUGUAACAUAGCUGUAGUACGAUACAUUCUUAUAAGGGAAUGCAUUGAAAUAGUACAUGGUCACUCUGCUUUUAGUGUUUUAGCACAUGAGGUAUCUAUUAUCGGUAAACUAAUGGGUCUUAAAACUGUAUUUACUGAUCAUAGCCUAUUUGGCUUUGCUGAUAUGUCUGCAGUAUUGACAAAUAAAUAUUUGCAAAUGUGUUUAUGUGAAUGCGAUCACUGCAUCUGUGUCUCUCACACUGGGAAAGAAAAUACAGUCUUAAGGGCGAAAGUUAGAGCUCAUAAAGUCUCCGUUAUACCUAAUGCAGUUGAUGCCUAUACCUUUACACCAGACCCAAGCCAAAGAGACCCAAAUGUCAUAACCAUUGUUAUAAUUUCAAGAUUAGUUUAUAGAAAAGGUGUGGAUCUAAUGGCUGCUGUCAUUGCUGCAUUGUGUCCAAAAUAUCCUAAUAUCAGGUUUAUAGUUGGAGGUGAUGGUCCAAAAAUGUGGUUACUACAAGAAGUCAGAGAGCAAAAAGGUUUUCAACAUUGUGUUACAUUGCUAGGUAGUCUUAAGCAUUCGGAAGUUAGGGAUGUUUUAGUCAAAGGUGACAUUUUUUUAAACACUUCUUUAACUGAGGCUUAUUGUAUGGCAAUUGUGGAAGCAGCGUCAUGUGGAUUAAAAGUUGUGUCGACAAAAGUAGGGGGUAUACCUGAGGUCUUACCUCAGAACAUGAUAUACUUAACAGAACCUGAUGUAACAAGCAUUGUAGAAGGAAUAGAAAUGGCUAUGAAAGAUUUAAAGGAUGGCAAAAUUUUAUGUCCCUAUGAAUGUAAUAAAAUGGUUAGGAAGAUGUAUAGUUGGAUGGAUAUCACUAGAAGAACUGAAAUAGUUUAUAAUAGAAUAUUAUUAAAUAAAAAUAAGCCUUUAGGUCAACAAUUAAAAACUUAUCUCAGUUGUGGAGUGUGGCCAUUCCUGUUAGUUAUAAGUUUAAUGUAUUUAUUAUUACAAUUAGUAGAAAAGGUCUAUAAAAGAAAACACAUUGACAUAGCGAGAGAUUUAAAAUUUUAAAAACUGUUUUAUUUGAAUUGUUAUAUGAAUAAUAAAAUAUCAUUUUAUUCAGUUUUCCAUAAGCAAUAAAAUUUGCUCUUAUAUAACUGCUAGAAACUCUAUAGAAACUUUAAAUUAAAAGACUAAAAAUUAUAUACAUAUACCUCGUUAAUUGUUAUCAAAAUUUUAAUGAAAGAGCUUUGUAUUUUGACACAGUGUUAGUCCUCUACUCUUAAAAGAAAGCUCUUGCCCCAAAUUUGUUACAAAUUGUUGAGUUACUGAAAUAAAUUAUUUUUAUUUCUCAAAAAGACAAGUUAUUGAUAACCAAAUGAGCACAUAUAUAAUAUAAUGAACAAAGUACCAUUGUGGCAAACACAUCUAAUUUUAUUUUUAUUUAUUAUGAAGACUGAAAUAAGGUAGUAUAUAAUAAAAGUAUUUUUCGUUUGGAAUGAUAUUUAUUUUAAUACUAUGACCAAAUAAAAAAAAGAGGCUAUCCUCAAUAUUAAAGCAAUACUGGAGACCAUUUUUAAAUGAAAAAAUUAAAUAAAUAACAUUUGCAGAGGGCUUUUUAAUCCUUUAUACAUAAACUAGAACACUGCUAUCACAACAUGCUCUGUGAAUUAAUAUUAAACAUGUAUAUAAAUAUCAAUUUACAAUAAAAUGUGAUUCAAUAACACUGAGACUGACAUU